AUGAUCAGUGCAGCUGUCGAUACCUUCUAUCUGACAGAUGAACAACUCCAUACCAGUCCUUCUAGAAAAGAUGGAAUAAAUGAAGCCACAGAAACAACACUUAGAAUCUAUGGGUGUGAUCUUAUUCAAGAGAGUGGCAUUUUGCUUAGGCUACCACAACAUGUGAUGGCAACAGGUCAGGUUUUGUUUCAUCGAUUCUAUUGCAAGACAUCAUUCGUUCGUUUCAAUGUGAAGAGAAUUGCUGCUGCUUGUAUUUGGCUAGCAUCACGACAAGGUGAAAAUCCAAGGAGAGCAAGAGACAUGAUCAAUGUAUUCCAGAGAAUGGAAUGUAGGAGGGAGAAUCUUACUCUAGAUCAUUUGGAUGCCUCUUUAAUGAAAAAGCUACCAGAAUUGAAGAUGGAUUUGAUCAGAUGCGAAGGACAUAUCCUAAAGGGGUUGGCUUUCUCAUGCCAUGUUGAAAUUCCUCAUAAACUCAUGGUAAGUUACAUUUUAGUUUUGGGGACAAAUCCAAAGUUGAUGCAAGAAGCAUGGAAUCUUGCCAAUGAUAGCUUGCGAUCAACUUUAUGUGUGAGGUUGAAGGCCAAGGUUGUGGCAUGUGGUGUUGUAUAUGCUGCUGCCCGAAGAGUACAUGUUCCCCUGCCCGAAAAUCCUCCAUGGUGGGAAGCAUUUGAGGUUGAGAAAAAUGGUAUAGAUGAAGUGUGUAGAGUUGUAGCCCACUUAUAUAGUCUACCCAAGGCAAAAUAUUUACAUGUAUGCAAAGAAGAUGGGUCCUUUACUACAGUUUCUCUUGUCACAACUGUUGUUCAUGAUUCAAAAGCCAAAGAAACUCUGUUUUAG